CUGUGAUUGGUGAUAUUUCUCUCUUUAAUCUGCACUAGUUACCCAGUGUGAAGAACCACCCUUGUUAGAAAAUGGGGGAUUGAAAGGGGAGUGUAGCAGAAAUUUUGGAUCGACCUGCUAUUUUGAGUGCAAUGUUGGAUAUGAGAUCAACAAUGAUGUCCUUACUUGUCUCGCUCAACCCGAUAGCUCAAACGUAUCCUGGCAUGGAGAAGUACCAGAGUGUUCACGAAUUUACUGCACGAAGCCGCCAUUUUCCAUCGGUCUUCAGAUCAACGUCUCUUCCGAAUGUCCAUCCGGAAGCCAAGUUCCAUCAGGUAACCACUGUCAUUUUUUUUGCACGGUGGGAUACUACCUUCAAGGAAAUGAUGAUUUGAUGUGUCAAGAGGAUCGAACUUGGAGCGGUACCUUCCCUACUUGUAGCUUAAUCACGUGUGCAGUCGCUGAUGUCCCCGUUCCGAUGAACGCUAUUAUACAAGAAGCCUGCAAAGUCGAACAUGUAAAUUACGGAACAGUUUGCACCAUUUCUUGUCAAGAAGGUUAUGAAGCUACAGGACCAAGUAUGUCCACGGAUAUGACGUGCUCUGAUGAUGGGGAUGACGUUGGAUCUUGGUCUGGUGAUUCUAUUCAAUGCAGUGAGGUAACCUGCCUGGCCCCAAUUCCAGAGGAAAGUGGAUUCACCCCGUUUACUGUAGAAUGCUUCUACAAUGAUGAACAAACUACGAUAUCCGAUAGGCAGAGAAUUUCUACUUCAUGCUCCUUCGAAUGUGUAGAUGGGUACUCAUUAGUGGAAGGCUCUUCUGCAAGAAUAUGCUUGCCAACAGGAGAAUGGAGUGGAAAUGCGGUAUCAUGCAAAGAUAUAACACCACCUGAACUGACUUGCCCUGUUGAUGCGGUAUUGAUAGCUGGCAAAGGGACGACUUCUGCUGACAUACCAUGGAGUCUAUGGGAACCGAUUCUGGCUAUCGAUCUCGGUACAACAAUUGAAGCGACUCUUCUCAGUAUUAACCACAUUGAUGUAGAGGAGAAUCGCACAUCAUCGUUCUCAGAAGGUAUCCAUACACUCGUUUAUCAGGCAAGAGACUCGUCUGAAAAUGAGGCCGACUGCUCCUUUUCUGUCACAGUUACAGUUUGCAGAUGUGCACCACUGCAAAUACCCGAAGACAGCAUCGUGACGUUACAAUCAGGAGUUGGAUCUUGCAGUACCGGAGUUGUGUAUGGAUCCGUUUGUACCAUCAGCUGCGAGAUUGGCUACGAACUGUCAACAGGGGACGUCUCUUUGAGUAGAACUUGCGAUAUUACGGAGUCUGAUCAGAGUUGUGAUGCAACAUGGAGUGGUGUUGAUCCUGUCUGUGAAAUUGUAAGAUGUAACACUCCUAGCAUUACAAAUGGCUUUUUGGAUUGUUCGCCAUCCACUCAACAUAGUGUGGCCUACCUCACAUCCUGCGAGUUCUCCUGCAAUACUGGUUAUAGAACACCAACCGGGGAAGAGAAUCGUAUGCGUACAUGUCAGGCAAACACUACUUGGAGUGGGGAAGAUUUCCAAUGCACUGAAAUCGUAACUUGUCCAGCUCGACUUGGCAUUCCUUACGGCAGUGUGGCACCAUCUCCUUGCGAGUCGUCCGACUCGGUUCCGUUUCAUUCCACCUGUACCUUUACAUGUGAAGCUGGUUUCCGUCUCGACGGUCCUAUCAGUGUGGAGUGUAGUCCGAACGGACAGUGGGCACCAAGUGGAGAUUCAGUCUGCGUUGAUAUACAGCCUCCCACAUUCAAUCUAGAAUGCCCCCACAAAAUUGAAGUUGAUGCUCCACCUAACCAGGUCACCGCUGUUGUGCACUUCGAGGAACCCAUUCCACAGGAUAACUCUGGAAUAGUUAAUCUAACAAGAUUGGACCCUAGUCUUACUUCCGGGAGUACAUUUCCAGAAGGCACAACUACAAUACGAUACGAAGCCACUGACGGGUUUGCACUCACCUCAUUCUGUAGCAUUAUCAUUGAAGUGACUGUGCACCGUUGCUCCACCUUACACCCGACCCUUCACGGUUCCAUGAUUGGUUGCGAUGAUCCCUACAUUGGCAGUGAAUGUUCGUUUUCAUGUGACGGGGGCUACGAUCUGGAAGGAGCGUCAUCAUUACAGUGUGAGCUGUCAUCAGAUGGUAUCCCUGCAUGGAACAAAGACAUGCCAACCUGCCAAAUACAGACUUGCCGUCCCCUUCAAGUCCCGGAGUUUGCUUCUGCGCCUGGCUGUGACGACUCAUUUGUGACUUUUGGAACAACCUGCACAUUCUCCUGUGAACCAGGGUACACUGGGAAAGGGGCCAGCACAUUGACCUGUUUGGAAGGAGGAGUGUGGCCUAGUACAGACUUUGAAUGUGAAAGAAUAUCCUGUGAGGUGCUGUCGGAGCCCACUUCAAUUUCCAUUUCACCGGAGAUAUGUUUGUCUGAUCCACGUUUUGGUGAUAUCUGUACCCUGGAAUGUGAGCAGUCCGGAUUCAAAAUAACCCCUCCAAAUUUGAAAGAACUUACUUGUAACGGUGAUCAGACGUGGUCUGGAAACACGGAGGAGGCUCAGUGUGUGGAUCUGCAGGCACCAGAAUUCGAGGACUGUCCACAAGAUAUGGUAGUCUUUGUAAACAGAGGAGAAGACUCAGCUUAUGUUGAAUGGUCUGUACUUGUAAGAGACAAUGACCCACAGUCACUAGAACUAGUAGGGAUGUGUAACCAACAGCCUGGGAUCAUGACCAUAGGAGAAUAUGUUAUAUCUUGCAGUGCUGUGGAUGAAGCAGGCAACGAGGGUCUUUGUCAGUUUACUCUGGAAGUUAAAGCGAGAGAGUGUGAAACCUUAAGCCCUCCUGAACACGGCUAUCUACUAGAUGAAUGUAAAAUGAUCCAUGGAUGUGCAUGUCAUCUGGAAUGCUCUGAAGGGUAUAUUUUGGAGGGGUCUUCUACUGCGACUUGUGAAUUUGAUGGAUCUGAUACCUACUGGCAUUAUGAAGAUACACCAGUUUGCCGAACGACUAGUUGCACACCUCUUGUUGUUCCCGAUGAAGUGAUAUUAUCUCCGUCAACCUGUUCCGGGUCUGACAUGGUACCUGAUGGAACAGUGUGCACCAUGAGCUGUGACUUCCUCCUUACAUUGGAUACAGAUCUCCGGUCAUUCACAUGCCGAGAAGGAGAAUGGGAUCAAGAACUAGAUAUAUCAGUAAUACCGUGCAAAGAUGAAGUUCCACCUACUAUAAGGGAUUGUCCACAGUCUCCCCUUCGAGUUGAUCGCAUUAAGCUUUGGGGUGUAGAGGUUACAUUCUUCAACCCAACAGCAAUCGAUAAUUUUGACACAGAACUGCUGAUAACUACCGACCCUCUCGAUUUAAAGUCUCCUUACAACUUCACAUCUGAUACGAAGUGUACAUAUACAUUCACCGAUGAGGCAGGCAAUAGUGUGUCUUGUGUAUUCAAAGUCGACAUAACGAAUAAGGUUCAACCAGUUAUAACAUCAUGUCCACUUGGCGGUGAGGUAAUUGCAACUGAGGGAACUGUAGAGGUUAAAUAUGAACACCCGUCCUACUCACCUAUUCCGGGUAUUGAUCUUGUGGUGUCGUGUGAUGUUCCAGAUAGCCCGGUAACACUACCAGUGGGACACCAUGAAAUCACGUGUUAUGUCUCCGAUCCCGAAACUGCUCUACAGUCAGAGUGCAAAAUGGAUUUUGAUGUCACGUAUGUAAGCAGGUGCCCACAUUUAUACCCUCCCGAGAACGGGGCACUGGCCUGUGACAGAUUUGCCUAUGGCCAGUUCUGUAGUAUGCUCUGUGAGAAGGGCUACGAUAUUCCAAGAAAAGCUCCUCGGACUGAAAUGUUCAUAUGCAGCACCUCUGGUGAUUGGAGUCCUCGCAGCGAUGUACCAGGUUGUUCAGAGCGAAAGCCAAGAAGCGUCUCGAGGAAUGUUCUACCCGAGACUCUUUACUACCCCUCCCCGUGUUCCGAGAAUGAGGACACCAGUGUAAACACGAUAGCCCAAGGAUUCCUUGACAUUUUGAAAGCUAGUGAGUUCGGGUAUAUUUGUGAAGAUAAUGACCAGUGCUCGGUGGAGAAUGUAAACGUUUCUUGCGGAAUAAGGAGCGAUCGCAGAAGGCGCCACAUUUCAGACAACGGACCAUUUGCACGUAUUUCUCCGCUCGAUAAUAUGAUGGCCGAAAAGAAAGGGGGCGAUACGCCUGUAGAUACCAUGCAUAAGAAAGAUAAUCCAAAGACGACAAUCCUCUCCUCAGACGCGGGAUGCGACGAGGGACAUUCCUUUGACAAGGUUGACCUCAAAUGUGUUCCUUGCCCUGCUGGGUAUUAUUUUGAUAAGGCCACCAAGAUCUGUAAUCCCUGUGAUCUAGGGUUCUACCAGGAUAGGCAGGCUCAAAAUGAAUGCAAACUGUGCAGGGAAGAUACAUCAACUAUCGAAAAGGGAGCUACGGAUGCUAAGCAGUGCAAGGAGUUUUGUCCAGCCGGGUAUUUCUCCAAGAGUGGAUUCUUUCCUUGCCGACGUUGCCCGCCAGGCUUCUACCAAAGACGCCCACAGAGCACAUCAUGCAGACGAUGCCCAGUGAAUACGACCACAACCAUAUCCGGAGCAACCUCUGUAAAAAGUUGUCAUAUCUUGAACUAGAUAUUUACACCAUAUAAAUUGUUGCAUGAGAUGUUUCUCGACGUUAAUGGGAGGCUCUUGUGUAAUUUCGAAAUUGCAUACGAAUGUGGUCUCAAAAUUUGCUCGAGACAUAAAAGUAAAAAUGAAGUUAGCGAACGAAGCGGUUACAAAAUUUCGCGCGGCGGAAUUAUCUCAAAAAAUGUCGAUGGGUGAGCAAACAUGACCCCCCCCUCUCUCUCUCUGUUUAGGUAAGUCAUGGUUAAACCUGUCUCAACUGACAUAUCCAAUAUACUUACAAUACGCACAAAGUAAUCGAAAAUAAACAAUUAUUUUCUUUAGACCACGAUGCUUCCACAUAAACAUGUCUGUAAAUGGUUCAUAUUAAUAAACGAAAAUAGCCAAAGGCUAUUAUUAUUCCUAUGUUUUAUUUCUUCACGAGAGUAAAAUUGUAUAUAUAUUGAUAAUUAUCAGCACAAAACUUAUGUAUCCAAGAAAAUGAAAGUUUGCUGUAAAAUGUUACUUGCAAAAUGUUGAUUCUGGGAAAGUACCUUUUGAUUUUGUUCGUAAAUUAGUAAAAUAUUCAGAUGGUGGUUAACUAUAAUGUAGGCAGACCAGCAAUGGUCUGUAAACUUUCCUAAAUAUUUAGUUUGGAACUUGAAAUCAAUUAUACGAAAUUAUAUCCGAUUAGUCUUAAUAUAAAGAUCGCUGUUUCAAUGUUUUUAUAGAAUAGUGCAAAAGGCUUGGUGUCAUUUUUGGCUAUGUAUACAGUUUUCUGCUCGAUUUUAUUUGUAUUGAUAAAUAAUAUAUGAACUUGAUAGGGGAAGGUCGAAACAACAUUCUGUUGGCAAUAAUAAAUUGCGAAGUUGUUCACAAUUGUAAACUUACAAAUAAGAAUAUAGACUGAAAUGUAACCAGCAUAGGGAUGAUGGGAAAUUGUAUAUGCGAGCAAAAUAUUUUCUUUUGUUUUUGUUUUUAUACGAGCAGAAUAAUUGUUGCAUAUUGUAGCUUUUACGCUUGUAGCUUGGUUUUAUACAAGACAACUGUUGCUGAGCCACGAGCGUCUUUGCACUAUGGAUGCGUUGUAUAAAUCUACACUGUUAUUAUUCAGAUAUGUGAUGUUUGAUUUUUGAAAUAAUUAGUUUAGUGCAUUCUGUUCAAGAAAAAGUGACAACUGAGAUUUAACACUGAUUGCUUAUAUAGCUUAAGCAUAAAAGCAUAAGUAAUACCCCCCCCCGACAAAAAUCACCAUUUCCGUUCCGACCAUACCAUGGGAGGACAUGGAAAAGAAGGCAUGCAUUCCCCCAUUUGAAUCGUUGACGAAAUAUCAAAUUAUUAUGAUUACAGCGCUUCAGCAAAAACUGUGGUGUUAACCGGUGUACAUAG